AUUGUAAAGAACUGAUUAUGCAUUUAUGAUUCAAAGUAUUGUCAAUAGAAAUAGAAAUAAUAAAACAAAGAAAAGUGAUUGGUAGUUAUAUUACGAUAUCUUGCAUAUUUCCGACUUUCUGAUUGGUGCUCUUUUUUGUAUCUAUGCUUUCCGAAGAAAUCAUUGGUCGUAUAAAAAGGAACGAACGAAGCAAUACUAGAGGAAAAUUAACUAUAAUGCUAGAGGGAGCUACACGAUCUUUUUACCAAUCAGAAUGAGUUUGAUUAUUGUUGUGGGAUGUUUGAAAUAAAGCAAAAACCGUUUAACGCUACAGUUAGAAGACGAUUUACGAAAAGAGAAGGAAUAUCAACGACUGAUUCUCGCUUAAAACUUGCAUGAAUUUGCUUCAUAGAUUUCUAACAAUAUACAAUAGUUCUUGUUUAGUGAAAAGAUAGAUAUGAUAUAGAAAUAAAUAUUAUAUUUAACAAAGAUGAAUAAUGUAUUAGAUUCAAUACGACUACCAGAUAAAGAUCAUACACGUGAAGAAAUGUCGUAUUUAUUUGGCAGAGAUCCUAGUAUUUUAGCAUACGGACAAAGACCAUGUCCAUCUCAAGAAACAAAAAAAAAUCUACUUUCUGCGUAUGAAAUAGAAGAAUUUGAUUCAACUGAAAUCACACAAUCCUCACUUUCUGAUUCGCAAUCUUUAAAAACACUUAAAGUCUACUUACGCUUAAAGCCAUUUCCAAGAAAAAUCAGAUUAACACCUGAACAAGAAGAUGCUUAUAAAAUAAUUAAUUCCACUACUUUGGUAACUAAGCUACCAUAUUUAGAGAGUAACAGUAGUUUUGCAAGAACUAAAAAUAGUGAUAUAGCAUGUAGAACUUAUACCUUCACUCAAACAUUUGGACCAGAAAUAACGCAGUUACAAUUAUUUGAUCAAGUGAUUAAGCAACAAAUGGUAGAUUUCUUAGCAGGACAGAGUUGUAAUGUGAUGACUUAUGGUACAACAAACUCUGGAAAGUCACAUACAUUGCAAGGAACAAUCACAUCUCCUGGUAUCAUACCACGUGCCUUAGAAUUUGUAUUUUCUAUAAUUUCUCCAAAGUCUAUACCUUCGUAUAAACCUAUACACCAUAGCGAUGCAAUAUUUCUUAGUUCUCUUGAACGAGCUCAAGAGUUAGAAGCUAAAACUAAAUUGUUAAGUUUUAGUUCGGUAGAUAAAAAUCAAUAUAUUAAUACUUACAAGCAAAUGCAACAAAUAUUACAAGAAGAGUCACCAUUGAGAGCUAGCGAAUGCACAGAUGCUCAUUAUUCGGUAUGGGUAUCUUUUGCAGAGAUAUAUAAUGAAACUAUAUAUGAUCUAUUAACUAUUGAUUGUCAAAAAAAGAAAGUACCAUUAAAACUAGCAACUGAUAAUCAUGGAAGAGCAUUCAUCAAAGGUUUGAAUAAUGUUUAUGUUAACUCUGGUGCAGAAGCCUAUCAAGUUUUAAUGGCUGGUCAAUAUAAUUUGAAAGUUGCUGCAACAGCUUUAAAUGCAAGAAGCUCAAGAUCUCAUUGCAUAUUUACUAUCAAACUAUUGAAGUAUUAUUCUGAAAAUUUAACUGGUUCAGUAGAUUUAAGCACGUUUUCUUUUUGUGAUUUGGCUGGUUCUGAGCGUUUAAAAAAGACAUUAAAUAUUGGUGAUAGAUUAAAAGAAGCUCAAAAUAUCAAUACAAGUCUCUUGGUUCUAGGGAAAUGUUUAAAAUCAAUUUACGACUCUCAAUUAACCAAAUUAAAAACUGAACCCGUCAUUGGACCAUUCAGGGAAUCGAAAUUAACAAGAUUAUAUCAAAGAGCAUUAUCAGGGAGAGAACAUAUUGCUUUAAUUGUUAAUGUUAAUCCUUUACCAAAUCUUUAUACAGAAACACAAAAUGUAUUGAAUUUUGCAGCAAUUGCAAAGAAAAUAAUCAUAGAACCUAAAAUAAAAGAAAAAAGAAAGGCUCAUUCAAGAUUUUCUAAACUAGUUCAGAAAAGUAUGCAAAGUGUAACAAAUUGGGACGCUAUAACUUUGGAAAGUACAGAUUGGUUAAAUACAGAUGUGGAUACAGAGAUAGAGACGGAUGAAAUUAAGUUUAUUUCUUCUGAAGAAUACGAAGACUUAUUAUUAACAAAUAAACAAUUAAAGAAGGAGAUUACGAAUUUAAAAAAUAUGGCUUUAACUCGUGACUUCGAAAUUCGACAGGAAAUGGUGGACACUUAUACUGCCAUCAUAAAGAAGCUUGAGAAUGAUUGGAAGGCUCGCAUAAGAGAUGUUGAAGAACAACAAGAAGAUACUCUACAAUGGUCUAUUAAACAAGUUGAAGAAUUUUAUAAACAAAAAAUUAAGUUAAAUACUCGAAAAAGGGUACGAUCUGUAGAAGAAGAUGAUGAUGAUGAUGAUAGUAAUAAUAAAAAUUCGAAAGAUAUUAAAGAGUUAGAAUAUGAAAUUUCUCGUUUGAAUAAUAAAUUAGGAUCUAUGCAAGAUACUAUUCAUGAAUUAAAAAAAACUAAUCAAGUUUUGAAGGUAGAAAAACAUAAAACUGAAUUUGAAUUGAGUUUAACAAAGGAAGAAUUAAAAUAUACCAAAUGUUUAUUGGAUGCUGCUCAGAAAGAUCUCUGUCACGACGAAGAAACAGAACAUUAUAUAGAAGAGAUUAAAUUACAGUUGUCUGCUAAGGAAAAUCAUGUGAAGAAACUUAAAGAAUUUUUGAACGAAGCAAAAGAGGAAUAUAUUGUUAUUACAAAUGAUGCUCGAGAAAAAGAAAAUCAAAUUAAAGAACAAGAAGAAAUAAUAAUAGAAUAUGAAGACAAGAUAGACGAUAUGCAAGAACAAAUUGAUCGAACAAAUUACUGUCUUUCAGAACAAGCUAAAACGAUUGAAAAAUUAGAAGAGAAUAAUCAAACGAUGGCAGAUAAAAUAAUUCAAUUAAAAAAUAUGUUGGAGGUAAUGAAUGAAAGCAAUGAAGAUAUUUCUUGCAAGCAGGAAACUUUAAGCAAGUCAGAAAAAAAUAAAGGAAACAAUUUUUCUCCGGAUGUAAUUGUAAAAGAAGAAUUAACUGAGGAAGAUGAAACACAAUUGGAAGACAAAGUAGAUACUUCGGAUACAAAGAAAAAUAUUUCUGAAGAAAGAAUAAUAAUUGAAGAAUUAGAAAAAAAAUUAACCCCGACGAAAUGUGAAGAAUCAACAUCGAAGGAAGAUAAAAGUUGCCAAACUAUUACAUUACUCACACAAGAAGUAAUUUUACAAACUAGUAUCUUAGAAAAUGAUGUAAAAAAUAUAUCCAUUCAAACGAUUGAUGAUACGAAUUAUGAAGAAAGGGAAAAGGAAUAUAAAGAACUAAAAACGAAAUUUAACGAAAUAGAAACUGAAUACAAAGAGAAAUUAGGAAACGAUCUUAAAAUUAUAGAGGAAUUGCAAGAAAAAAUUACUAAAAUGGAUAUAGAUUUAAAUGAAAAGCAAAAAGAAAAAACUGCUCUGGAGACGUUGGUAGAAGAAAAUGUAGAACAACAGCAAGCUUUGCAAAAGAAGUUAGAAGAAUUUAAUAAAAAAGAAAAAGAUAAGGAUGAUGAAAUAUCAGCUAUUCAAAAAGAAUUAAAACGAAUGAUACAAGUUAAAGACGACGAAGAAAAAUCUAUGGAAAAAGAAUUGAAGAGUACACUUAAAAUUUUGGAUGAUACCAAGAAAGAACUGUCCUGUAAGAACAAGCAUGUGACUACUUUAGAAACACGUUUGGUUUCUUUAGAACAAAUCGUGAAAUUAUUGGAAGAUGCUCAAAAAGAGAAAGAUGAACAGUAUGUCGAAAUAGAUCAACUAAAAACAUUCAAUGAUAUGUUAAGAAAAGAUUUAGCAAAUAAGGAAUAUGAGAUGGAAGAAUUUCAAAAGAACAGGGAUAAAACUGUGGAAAAAUAUGAACUUAUGGUUAGAUCUUUACAAGAGGAAAUGGAAAAACAUAAACGCGAAGUUUCGACGUUCCAAAAAUUAUUAUUUAGACAAACAACCCCAACAUCAAGUAAGGAUGAAAUUAAGACAUUACAAUCUCGUAUUGAUUCCUUACAAAAAAUGGUAAAAGAUAAUGAAUCACAGAAACAAAAAGGAGAUGAAAGCAAUGCUGACAGUGAAACAUUGUCAGUUGAACACUCUUCGAGAAGAAGAGGCAGACCUAGGGAAACUGCAAUGGCAGUUCAAUCUGAAGUCAUUGAUAUAUCAGGUUCAGAAUCUGGUAAACGUUAUGUAAAACCUGAGCCACCGAGUAGUGAGAAGGUUGAAAAGAAGCGUGUCACGCGUAAAAAGAAAUUAUUUGUAAUGGAUGACGAAUUUAUGCAAGAUAUUGAUCCUGUUGAAAUUAAUAUUACUCCAUGCAAUCCACCAGCCCGUAGUUUGAGAAGUAGAAGAAAGUAAGUUUUGGGUAAUGUACAUAAUUGAAUAUUUAUAAAAUAUAUGACUUUUUCAAUAAUCCUUUUAAUACUAAAUAAUUUAUAAGUAUUAUUAACUCUUAAGCCACAUUUUUCGUGAUAUAUAUUUCUGUUAAUUAAAAUAAGAAUAUGCACGAGUUGUAAAUAUUGUAUAUAGGUAAUAUCAAACUAUUCAUAAUUACUGUUUUUUUUUUAUCAAUCUUUCUAAUCUAAUAGAUGCAUAUUUUUAUAUUGAAAUAUAAUUAUAGCAUAUUUAUACUAUUACAUUAGUAGGAAUGAUAUUCCAAUCGUAAUAUUAAUACAUAGGCAUUGUUUAAACAUUCCCACCAUUAUAAGAAUUUAUUUAUAUACACAUAUUUGUGUGAUCUCUCUUUCAAAAAAAAAAGUAGAAAAUAAAAUAUAGAAUAGAAAUUCUUUACUUAAAAUGAAAAUAUCUUUACAACACAAUUCUGACACAUACUUAUAGAAAAACAAAUACAAUCGUGCAAAAAAUCUGUUUUUUUUUUUUUAUCCAUUGAUAUUGUAGCCAUACGAAAUGUUUACAAAAUGAUUAUUAAAUGUUAUUUAAGUAAGUUAAAAAUUAUACAAACUUUAAGAUAAUAAUUCUUUUUCUCUCCAUAUGGAUAAUGAGUUUUUUUGAAAUUAUUUUUUUAUAUUUCAAAUUUAAUUGAAUGAAUGUAAGAAUGUACAUUAUGAUAACAUAAAAUUAACUCGUUUACAUAUUUUUACCAGUUUCGUUCGCACGAGAUUACUUAAGUGUAUGUGUUAAGGAUUUAAUAAAAA